CGUCGCAUUUCUGACAAUACUGGUUAUGAGGCAGAUCCUGACAUUUUAUUGUUCCAACUUACUUUGAUUUUUACUGUGCUUAUAAUUGUUAUUAAAAAAAUUUCAAAAUGGCUGUUCCCAAUAAAGCUUUGAAGAGGAGACAAAAAAUAAAAGAGAAAAAAAUGAAGUUGGUUGAAGAAAGUGAAAAAGCUAAUGUUGUCAAUCAGAAAAGUGAAGAAGUAAAAGUAGAAGAAAAAGAUGAGCCAGUUGCAAUCAGCAAAGUUGAGUUGUCAAAUGCAGGAAAAGAAAAUGUAUCCGGUGCAAAAAAGGAAACUAAGGGGAAAAAAAAUUGCAAUGUUCAGUCUACCUCAAUAGUACUCAACUCAUCUAUUCAUUCAGAUGUUACGCAAGAUAAAUCUUUUUCUUCAUUGAAAGAUAAAGUUAGUAAUAAUACUUUGAAAGCAAUCAAAGAUAUGGGUUUUACGCAGAUGACUGAAAUUCAAGCAAAAUCAAUACCUCCUUUACUAGAAGGACACGACAUUGUUGGUGCGGCUAAAACAGGUUCAGGAAAAACUUUAGCUUUCCUCAUUCCAGUUGUGGAAUUGAUUUAUAAACAUAAAUUUGUACCAUCCAAAGGAACUGGAUGUAUAAUUAUUUCUCCAACUCGUGAGCUAUCGAUACAAAUAUAUGGCAUUCUCAAGGACUUGAUGAAAUACCAUAAUCAUACUCAUUGUCUUAUGAUGGGUGGUACAAAUACCAAAAAAGAUCUCAAAAAUUUGAAAAUUGGUGUAAAUAUUAUUGUAACCACACCGGGUCGUUUACUAGAUCAUUUACAAAAUGCGACAAAUUUCACAUUUUCAAAUCUUCAGUGCCUGGUUCUUGAUGAAGCAGAUAGAAUGUUAGAUAUUGGAUUUGAAAGAGAUUUAAAACAGAUUAUUAAACUUCUUCCUAAAGAAAGACAAACAAUUCUCUUUAGUGCCACAAAAACUGAAAAAACCAAGGCAUUGACAACUCUUGCAUUAAAAAAAGAGUUAGUUUUUGUUGGUGUAAAUGAUGAUGAAAAUAAAGCUACAGUUGAUGGAUUGACGCAAGGAUAUAUUACAGUAGAUAGUGAAAAGAAAUUUCUCAUGUUGUAUACCUUCUUAGCACAAAAUCCUAAAAAGAAAAUUAUGGUAUUUUUCAUUUCUUGCAAGUCUGUAAAAUUUCAUAAUGAAAUUUUGAAUUUGAUUAUGGAUGAAACAGUACCAGUCAUGUGUAUUCACGGAAAUCAAAAACAAAAUAAAAGAACACAAACAUUUGAUCAAUUUUGUAAAGCAUCGUCUGGAAUCUUAUUGUGUACAGAUGUUGCAGCCCGAGGUUUAGAUAUUCCUAAUGUUGAUUAUAUUAUUCAAUAUGAUCCGCCAAAUGAUGCAAAAGAAUAUAUUCACAGAGUUGGUCGUACUGCUCGUGGAGAAGGUAAUUGUGGAAAUGCACUAUUGGUUUUACGAUCAGAAGAGCUAGGAUUCUUAAAAUAUUUAGAAGAAGCCAAAGUUCCUAUUCAAGAAUUGGAGGUUGAUCCGGAGGAAUUUAAGAAAAUUCAACUUCAGCUAGAGAAGGAAAUUUCCAACAACACUUUAUUGAAGGAAUUAGCGAAAAAAGCUUAUAUUUCUUAUCUGCGAGCUUAUAAAUCCCAUAGUCUAAAAAAUGUAUUUAAUGUAAAUACUUUGAAUUUAGCCAAACUAGCUAAAUCAUUCGGACUCGAAGCACCACCACACGUCGGUGGCAACCUUUUCCAAUCAAACAAGAAUUCAAAUGCAGCUCGCAGAAAUAAGCGUACAAAUGCGUUUCGAAACAACAAAAGCAACGGAGGCCAACAAUUUAAACGUUAAAGCAGUACUUAAGUGCAUUUAAAAUGAAUGUACCAUUUGUAUUUCAGAACUCACUAAUCCAAUCUUGGGAACUUAUGAAGUGUCCAGUGACUGAUCUAUUUCUAGUCUAUUUGAAAUAUCAUUUAAUGAUAUUUGUGAACUGUUAACAUAUUGUACAAAUUUUAUGUGUAAAUAAAUUUUUUUAUGAUAAAUGCCCUAAACUAAAAGCUUU